CCAGCAGUCCGUAUAAAACAUCUUUACCUUUCUCAAGCCACUAACCUUUCAGUGCAAAGGAAAGGCAGGUUCAAUCUUCUUUCUCCCUCUUGCCGUUUUUAGAAUUUGAUAAAUGUAAAAAAAAAAAAAAAAUCUAGGAUGCUGCACAAUUUACAACCUUUUUCGUACAAAGAUACAGGCUUUUCUAAAUUAAAAAAAAAUUUCUGGAUGGCCAACUAGGUGAGAAGGGGGCAGGUCUCUGCAGUGUGAGGGAUGUGGCCCAGCCUCAGUGCUCCAGAUGUGAAGGGUUCCAUCGUGAUCAUCUUCGUGGCCAAUGGGGGGAAAGGGGGGGUCUCAGGUGUGAGGAGCAUGGCCCUCCUUCAGCUGCAGGUGUGACCGGGCAUAUCCUGUCUCAAUAACCAACUAGGUGAGAAGGGUUCUAUCUUUGCGGAUAUGUAGGGCAGGGCCCUUCAUCCCAACAGGCACGAGUAUGUGCGUCUCCAUCUCUAGCAGGUGUGAAGUACAUAGCCCUCAAAGUGUAAGAGUGAGUAUGUCUUGGUAACCAACUAGGCGAAAAGGCGACCAGCCAGGUGAAAAAGGGACCUAUGUCCCCACAAGGUGUGAGAGGGGUUGUGGCUUGCCUUACCCCAGUUGAGGCUUCAGGUAUAAGUGGGCGUGUCUUAUCUCCAUCUUGGUGACCAACCUGGGGAGAAAGGGAUGUGUCCCUGCCUCAGUGCAGGAGCUCCAGGUGAGCCCCACCUGCAGCUCAGUGACCAAGGAGGGAGGAAGGGGAAGUGCCCCCCUGCAAGUUGGGGGGGCUUGCCCUGCCUCCCACCUGCUGGUCCUCCAAGCAGGAGUGGACACCUCCCCUCCUCCAUCUCCCUGGACAACUGGGCGAGCAGGGGGCUUCAGGUAGUGUCCCUGCCUCAACACAGGAGCGCCAGGUGUGUCCCAACUGCACCUCAGGGACUAACUAGGGAGGACGGGGAUGCUCUCUCGCAACUGGGCGCGCAGGGGGCUCCGGGCGCACCUCGUUUAGGUGCGCCCCGCUCAGGUGGGCGUCUCCAGGGGGAUGACGCGAGGCCCUCCGCCCCCGAGGUAGGCUAGGGUAGGGGGUCUCCGGCCCAGGGCUGUUGCAGGGGCGGAUGGCGUCGGAGACCCUCCGGCGCAAGUGGGGCCGGUGCGGGUGCGCGCUGGGGCUGGCGCUCUUCUUCGACGCGCUGGGCUUGGCGGGGCUGGUGGUAGGCAGCUUGCUGGACACGUCCGUCUCCGACCUGCUCAUCUACCUGGGCGGCGUGAGCGUCUUCUUCAGCCUGCCCUGGUGGGUCUUCUGGCACGUGGGCAACCUGGAGGUGCCGCCGGACGAGCUGCGGGACGACGUGGGGCUGGGCUCCCGAAGCGGCGACGCCUGGAGCCUGGAAAGCUGGCGGGUCCGGCGUCUGGCUCUCCUCGCCCGCGCCUUCAGCACCCACUUCUCCUUGCCCUCCUCCAUCGCCUCCUCCUCCGCCCCGUCCCAGGCCGGCCGCCUCCGCGCCCACUUCGCCGCCUCCAGUAUCAGCACCAGCACCGGCCCCGACGAGGCGGAGAAGCUGCAGCAGCCGUCCCAGCAAUCCCAGCAGUUCCUGCCCCCCCAGGACGGGGCAUCCGAUCCGGCUCUUGCAAGAGGCAGCACGCCCCCCUCCCUGCCCACCAUCUCCCUUUCCAACGUCGGCGCAAUAACCCUGCAGAGUUUGAUUGGAAGCUUUAAUUCAUGGAAAGAUCGUGGAAAACAAGAAUCCUCAAAGUCACUGGAUACCACAAAAUGACAUAAACAUACCUUCUCUGACACAGUUUAUAACACCCUGGAAACACUAUUUAUGCCUCCAAGUGACAGUCGAACUGCAUCAUAAAAGGACUGUGCU